CUUCCGUACGAUGUCGUGGCGUUUCCGUUCUUGUUGAAUUAGUGUUAGCUUGCCAGCUACCAACAAAAAUAGCUACUGCUGCUCGGAUAAAAUCUCUGACAUUAGCUAUCACCUUAAAGAUAGGACAUCUCUGAUAGAAUAAAUCAAAAUGAGACGCGCAGGUUUGGGCGAAGGAGGACCUGGAAAUUAUGUGGCCAGCGGGUACAGCGCGUAUGAAGAGGAAAAUGAACACUUACAAGAGGGUCUGAGAGCCAAAGUCAGCGCCUUGAAACAUCUGUCAAUAGAUAUUGGAACCGAAGUGAAGUACCAGAACAAAAUUUUGGAAGAUAUGGACUCAGACUUUGACUCAACAGGUGGUCUGCUGGGGGCCACCAUAGGGAGAGUGAAGCAGCUUUCCAGGGGAAGCCAGACCAAGCUCCUGUGCUACAUGCUGCUCUUCUGCCUCUUUGUCUUUACCCUCCUCUACUGGUUUAUCAAACUGAGGUGAUACAUUACAGGAGGCCCCGGCUUUUCCCUCCCUGCCUCCGCCAUAAGUCUGCCACUGGAUCAGAAGACCAGGAUGAUGAUGAUGACGAUGAUAAUCAAAUGUUAAAAUCAAAUUGUCACAUGCGCCGAAUACAAGUGUAGACCUUACCGUCAAAUGCUUACUUAGGAGCCCUUAACCAACAGUGUGACAAUGACAAUAGGGGGUAAUAAUGCAUGGCUGUUACUCAUUUUAGACAGCCCUGAUGGAAUUAAUAGACACCACCAUAAGUUCACGAUUGUAACAAUGUCCAUUAACGAUGAGGUAUAUUCUAGGUUCAUUUGUAACUGAGUGAUCUAGUUCAUCAGUGAUCUGGUAAGGCUAAGCAGUAACAUACAGUGCAUUCAGAAAGUAUUCAGACCCCUUGAAUUUUUCCACAUUGUUACAUUACACCAUUCUAAAAUUGAAAAGCAAUUUAAUCCAUCUAAACACUAUCCCAUAAUGAUAAAGCAAAAACAGGUUUAGACAUCUUUGCAAAUUCAAUAAAAACAAAAUGGAUCACAUUUACAUAAAUAUUCAGACUCAGUACUUUGUUGAAGCACCUUUGGCAGCGAUUACAGCCUCAAGUCUUCCUUGGUAUGACUACAAGCUUGGCACACCUGUAUUUGGAGAGUUUCUCACAUACUUCUCUGCAGGUCCUCUCAAUCUGUCAGGUUGAAUGGGGAGCGUUGCUGCACAGCUAUUUUCAGGUCUCUCCAGAAAUAUUAGAUCAGGUUCAAUGUUGGCCUCUGGCUAGGCCACUCAAGGACAUUCAGAGACUUAGGGCCGUUGUCCUGUUGGAAGGUGAACCUUCGCCCCAGUCUGAGAUCCUGAUCUUACCCUCAAUCCUGACUAGUCUCCCAGUCCCUGCUGCUGCCAGGGUUUUUCCAGAUGUGAUGCUUGACAUUCAGACCAAACAGUUCAAUCUUGUUUCAUGGUCUUUAGGUGCCUUUUCAAACUCCAAGUGGGCUGUCUUGUGCCUUUUACUGAGUUGUGGCUUUCGUCUGGCCACUCUACCAUAAAGGCCUGAUUGGUGGAGUGCUGCAGAGAUGGUGGUUCUUCUGGAAGGUUCUCCCAUCUCCACAGAGAAACUCUGGAGCUCUGUCAGUGACCAUCGAGUUCUUCAUCACCUCCCUGACCAAGGCCCCAAUUGCUCAGUUUGACCGGGCUGCCAGCUCUAAGAAGAGUCUUGGUGGUUCGAACUUCUUCCAUUUAAGAAUGAUGGAGGCCAUUGUGUUCUUGGACAUUCAAUGCUGCAGACAUUUUUUUUGGUACCCUUCCCAGGAUCUGUGCCUUGAAACAAUCUCGGAGCUGUAAGGACAAUUCCUUCAACCUCACGGCUUGCUUUUUGCUCUGACAUGCACUGUCAACUGUGGGACCUUAUAUAGACAAGUGUGUGCCUUUCCAGAAUCUUGUCCAAUCAAUUGAAUUUACCACAGGUGGACCCCAAUCAAGUUGUGGAAAUAUCUCGAUCGAUGGAAACAGGAUGCACCUGAGCUCAAUUUUGAGCCUCAUAGCAGAAGGUCUGAAUUAAUAAGGUAUAUAGCAAAAAUGUCAAAUCUAUUUUCACUUUGUCAUUAUGGGUAUUGUGUAUAGAUUGAUGAGGGGGGGGAAAUAAUUUAAUCCAUUUUAGAUUAAGGCUGUAACAUAACAAUGUGGGAUAAAUUGAGGGUUCUGAAUACUUUCCGAAUGCACUGUAUAUACAAAUGCGACUAAGCUCUCUAGUCACUGAGGAACUCUCCAGUGCAUGAUUCAAAAUGCUAUUUGUAUGCAAGUGUGAUAGAUGUCAUGAUCUUGAAGAUAUUGCUUGAUCCAGUGUGACACUGACAUUUGAUCAAUAUUGUUCAACUGUAGAGUUCCACUAUAAACGCACACCUUGUUUAUUUGUUUUGAGGAAUAAAUUAUAAGGCUACACUCUCACUUCAAAACAUUUCCUAUCCAGUCUACAGCGACCGUUCAUCUCCACCACGUGAACAACUUUAAUGUAAAUGUGUUUUAUAUGUAAAUAAACAAGAUGUAUGUUUUGAA